AAUCUCAUUCGGCGGGUAUUUAUGCAUGCAAACGUUCGGAACUCCUCCUCACCAUCACCGCUCGUUUCCAACCAUGGCUGCCAGAAUAGAUAACGAGCUGCGUGUACGGACGACCAUCGGAAUCCCUCGCUUUGAGAGCAAAAACGCCGACCCUCGGCCUAAUGACGACGGCCCUGACCCCCACCCCCCUAGUAGGCACAGAAAUCGAACCCUUCACAAGACUCUCCCGCGCUCAACCCUCCCGUGCCUUUCCAGCCUCCUCGCCCUUGCCUUGCUCCUCACAUUCUCCCCUUCCGUUACUCUCGGCCAAAAGAUAGACUCGACGAGUAGUCUAGAAGAUCUCGCGGCAGGGUCCCUAUCUGCCCCAGGUCCUUCCUUUGCUCCUCAUUCUUCCGCUCCGAGCUCUAUGCCUUAUGGAGACGGCUUCGCCGACAGCAACAGUGGCAGCAGCGAGUUUGACACUAACGCGUACUGGCCAUCCGCACCUCCUUCAUUACCUGCCGCCUCAGACAACUUUCCAGCGGAUCUGACGGGGGACGUGAGUCCCGCGCCUGCGCCAGCUUACACAUCAUCGCAAGAUGGUGGUUCGCUAAGCAGGGGCGCGAUAGUAGCUACAGUGCUGGGGGUUGUUUUUGGAGUAUUUAUGUUGGUAGUUGUGGUAUCGGUGGUUGUGGUUCGCGCCAGGAACCAUGAGCGAGCUAGAGCUGUGUCGAGAGGGAACUAUGGGGAUGUGAACUUCUGAAAUUUGUGUGGCAUUGCUGAAGAUUCCUCCACGUACCUUUUUUUUUU